CAAAUGUUCCGUGAAGAGUGAGCACCGCCCGGCCCCCAGUUCUCCUGGUUCAAGCCGUCCUGCGUCCUGGGGCCUGGGCAGCCCUCUAGACCUUGAACAGAUCCAACCCAAGCCAUCGCCUAGACCCACUCUGAGCCUACAUCCAUCAGCCUCCACCUCACUUAGCAUCUUAGCAGGAGCAUCAGCCCCAACUCAGUCCCAGCCCUGAAGCAGCCCCGAGCCCAGGCGGGGUCUAGCCACACCCAAAACCCAGCAUGGCCAGGGACUUCCAGGACAUCCAGCAGCUGGACUCCGAGGAGAACGACCACCAGCUCGGCAGAGACGAGGGCCCAGGCACUCAUGGGUACAGCCCCAGGAGAGAAGGACCAUUCUGGAAAGGGAUGCUUCCUCCCCAGCCUCUUGUGCUGCAGCGUCUCUGCUCCAAGUUCCACCUCAGUCUGCUUGUCCUGGUCUUCAACAUCCUGCUGCUGGUGGCCAUCUGUGUGACAGGGUCCCAAAGAGCACAGCUGCAAGGGGAGCUGCAGACCCUACAGGAAACUUUCAGCAACUUCUCAUCGAGCACCCUGAAGGACAUCCUGAAUCUCAGCUCCCACGGAGGCUUCGCCAGUGACACGGUGAAAUUUCUGGAAGCCAAGCUGAUAAAACAGCAGCAAGACUUGAAAGCAGAUCAUGCCACUUUGCUGCUCCAUCUGAAGCACUUCCCCACGGAUCUGCGCACACUGACUUGUCAGAUGGCACACUUCCAGAGCAACGGCACAGAAUGCUGCCCAGUGAACUGGGUGGACCAUGAAGGCAGCUGCUACUGGUUCUCUCGCUCGGGGAAGCCCUGGCUCGAGGCUGAGAAGUACUGCCAGCUGGAGAAUGCCCACCUGGUGGUCAUCAACUCCAGAGAGGAGCAGAAGUUCAUUGUACAACACACGAACCCCUUUAGAGCCUGGAUAGGUCUCACCGACAGCGAUGGCUUCUGGAAAUGGGUGGACGACACAGACUACAGGCACAGCUACAAGAACUGGGCUGCCAGUCAGCCCGAUGACUGGCGGGGGCACGAGCUGGGGGGCAGCGAGGACUGUGCAGAGAUCCAACGGGAUGGGCGCUGGAAUGACGAUUUCUGCCAGCAAGUGAAACGCUGGGUGUGUGAGAUGAAGCAGAACAUCACCGUCUAGCCGCCCACCUCCCCCAGCCUCCAGCAGACCUCUGACCCACAAACCCCCCUGCCUGGGCAUUUUGAAGAAAGGAAGGAGAGGAGAGUCUUCAGAAGUAUGGGGAGAACUUGAAGAGGGAUAGAAGCGGGUGGCUGAAGAAGCUCUGACCCUGAAGAUCCUGCCUUCUUCUGAAAUUCACUGUAAUUAUUAUUACUAUAAUUUUCAGCUUCCUCAUUGGAGUAAUGUGUAACUUGUGCUUAGCCACUUAGUCAUGUGUGACUCUUUACGACCCAUUGGACGGUAGCCUGGCAGGCUCCUCUGUCCAUGGGAUUUCCUCGGCAAGAAUACCGGAGUGGGUUGCCAUUUCCUUCUCCAGGGCGUUCUCCCCAACCCAGGGAUCGAACCCACGUCUCCUGUGUGUCCUGCAUGGCAGGCAGAUUCUUUACCUGCUGACCUAUCAGGGAGUAGGAAAAGGACGAAUAC